AUGGAUAUGGAGAAUAAUAUUGUUAAUAUUAUGUCGGAGUUACGGUUAGUUACCAACUCAUUUGUUGGUGUUUUCAGUGAAAAGGUUCAGUGACAAAAUUUUACGGGAUUUCACGUUUUUUAGAACCGUAAAAAAGUGCAUGUAAACAGUUAAGCCUUUGUUUUCAGAUUGAUGCAAUCUACAAUGGCUCAAUCACUUCGUUUAAAAAUGAUGAGCAAAGAAAUUGAAUUCGAUUUAACUGGAAAUAGCAUUAAUAAAAGCUCCAUAAGAUCAGCUUUUUUAUUGCAUGAUAGUUCACCUGUUUCGUUAGUUUAUCAAGUGGAUGGCCGUCAGAAAUCUUGUUUGUAAGUUGUGCAUUUUUCGAAACGACUUUAUAAAAUGCAAAUUGACCUCGAACAGCGAAUUUUUUGUUUCUCUCUCGAUUUGGAAAAUAUUCUGACAAGGGAAGUGCAUAAGGUGAAGUGUUGAACUUUUGAUGAAACAUAUGAAAAUAUAUCAAAUCGAACAUGCUGAUCACGAAUCCGAAAUCAAAAAUUGCCACAAACUCCUUUGAGCACUUUUCUGGAACUCCAAAGAUAUAAUUGAAUUUUGGUUUUUGCCUUUUUUCUCAGGAAUUUUUUUGUACGAGUUCUGCACCUUUUUUGUACCCGUUCAGCACUUUUUUGCAUUUGUACGCGUUCAGUUCCUGAUAUAAGACAGCUAAAAAAGACUGAACGUGUACACGCAUAAGUUUGAAAGCGUACUCAAUAGGACUGAACGCGUACAAAUGCACAAAACGUGCUGAACUCGUACAAAAAAAUUCCUGAGUUUACCUUGUACCUGUGCAGAAAAUCAAUUUUUAUGACAUGAAUCCUAAAAGUACACACAAAUACACGUAAAUACACACGUUUUUUAAAGUUUUUUGUGCAUUUUCAAAAAUUUCAGUUUUCAGCUGAUUUUUCAUAUUUUUGAAAAACUAAAAAAACUGGUAGGUUUUCGAAUGUGGUGAAAAACUUAUUCAUGUUAAAAAUUGAUUUUUCACGUAGGAACAUGGUGAAAAUGGGCGAAAACCAAAACUCAAUUCUAACUUUGGAGCUCCAGAAAAGUGCUCACAGGCAUUUGUGGCAAUUUUUGACUUCGGAUUCUUAAUGAGCAUAGUCGAUUUGGUAUAUUUCGAUAUGUUUCAUCAAAAGUUCAACGCCUUAUGCACUUCCCUUGUGAAUAUAAAAGGGCGUGUAUUUACACACCUGGAGAGAGUGCCCCAAAUUUUUUUGCGGCGUGGAAAUUUUAGCAAAAAAAAAUGGGCAGCGUGAAAUAGAUUUUUGGAAAAUUUUCGAAAAACGAAAAAAUGAAAACUACACUUUUUCCUGAAAAAAUGUACAGUGUGGCUUUUGAAAAUUUUUGUACAGUGUCCCAUUUGGACACGUCCUUCCAGGUGUGGGCGUGUUUGAUUAUUCCUGAUUGUAUCUCAAUUAUUUCAGUACGAAUGAUGCUGGAACUGCUUUCGAACUUCCUGAAGAUUGGCCGUCUCUAAUAUUCAAUGUCGAAUCAAACAACGAACCGUCGCACCCAUCUUAUUCAAACAAAAGUUUGUAUAAUUUAUGAUUGAAUUAUUUUCUUUUAUUGACCAUCUCUAAUUUCCACGGCUAUUUAUAAGGUCAAUAAAACAAAAAUAAUUCAAUCAUAAAAUUAUGUAAAUUUACAAUGCAAAUCGAGAGAAACGCAGAGAAAAACAUAGAAUUUGCUGUGUUUUUGACUACACUGUCUGUGUUUCAAUCGAUUUGCGAAAUACUCAAAAUCUAAACAAUUGAAACGUCUACUCACAACAUGUAUUUUAGCCGGCUGUGAUGAAUACCAAUUGCGACGAUCGGAAUCGCCAAGAAUGUUGGAAGAAAAGUUGGCACUGGAUUUAGAAAAUAGAUUAUGGUUUUUACCUCGUCAAAGAGCAUUUAAUGAUCCCGAAGAUUCAUUUGAAGCGACCACUGGAAAUCAGAUUGAUGGGGGAUGCGCUUCGCCGAUAGCAUCUUGUGUGGCGGUGACAUAUGCCCACCGGUCGCAUCGAAAUCUUCGUGUAUACGAUGAAAAUCUGAAUGACGAAGAAAAUAUUAAUUCAGUUGUUCAAAUAAGAAAAUGUAAAGAUCCAUCCAUACGCCAUUCUUUGAAGGUUGCUCAAAACACAAAUUUUAUAAUUGACUCAGAAUUUUGUAGGUAAUCGUUAUCGAUGUACAUCAUGAUUUUGUGCUUCUCUUAUCGAAUACGGACAUCUUUGAAGAUUAUCCCUCUGUUGUUCGUUCGCCAAGAAUUUUUGAGUGGUUUCUGGGUUUAGGUUUGAGUUAUCAAAAUCGAGGAGGUAGACAUGUUACUCAUCGCUCUGGCAAUAUAUGUACAGUUAUGGUUGAUUAUCGAGGACAAAUACUAACUAGCGCUUCAAUUGAGGGAGGAGAUUCGGGAGGACCGUGUUUUUCAGAAGACAGAUCAUUGAUAGGCAUAAUGUCUGCGUCAACGACAACCAAUCCUCGUUUAGGUCAAGAAUAUGAUAAAGAUGAAUUGGAAGAAGAGCUCCAAGACUCAUCGUGUAACCCUGCCGAUACGCUAAUAACACCGGGAAAUUUAAUAGUAGAAGCUUAUCGGGUAAAUUAUUUUCAAACUGAUAAAUUCACGUAUAAUAUUUUUUAGAUGUGGCAAGUCAAACAAGGGAUCAUCAAAACGAGAAAAAGAAAGGCACAUGAUGAAGGAAGUAUUGAUUGA